AUGUUCCCCUUGAUUCUCCGCGGUGUUCAUACCUUCGGAAGCUUCAGUGUCCUCUUAGACCGCCUAACUGGUCUCGAAUACCUGGUUCAUCGAAAUCGAGCCAAGUUUGUAUUUCUUUCUUCGUCAGAGGUCCUGGGUAUCGGAGUUUGACCAGGUUCAUAAGAUGGGGUCUAACUAUUGAAUAUCUCACGAAGGUUUUACUCGUACUCCGUUCUUCAUAGAAAAAUUAAAUCUCGGAGAAUCUAUUACUAAUUAAGAGAUUCACAGGCAGACAUAAGAAAAACUGGAAUGACUGUGAUUUAUUUGUUUCCUCUACCUUUAAGUCGCUCGAUUGUUUUGCUCUUUAGCCGCCCACAAACAAAAUCCGCUAUAAGCUGAAACAAUAGGCCUUUCAGAUGGGCGUAGUUUUUUAUUUUGAGGUCGCUUAUGCAUUGAAUUGUAUUUAUGCGUACUUGUACGGUGGGCCAGUCCUGACAACUUAAGGAUGAUUGUUUAACUCAACUCAGUAUUUGCUAUCUAGCCAAUUUAUCGCUUCUGUGGCCGAUGUUUUAUUAUUUCUGGCUGUGUUUCAUUUUCUACUUAUUUAAUUCUGUGCAGGGGAGCACAGCCUACGUUGCUCAACAGGCUUGGAUAUUCAACGGGACCUUGCGCGAUAAUAUUCUCUUUCACAAACCGUUUGAUGCAGAACGAUACGAGCGCAUUCUAUCUGCUUGUGCCUUGCAACAGGACCUUGCCAUUCUUCCUUCCGGAGAUCUCACUGUGAUUGGAGACAAGGGUAUCAACUUGUCCGGUGGCCAGAAACAGCGAAUCAGGUACUGCUUAAAAGAUACCGUCUCCUCUAAGCCUUACAGCAGUCCCAACUUACUUUUGUUACUUGCAUUUAUUUAUGUGUUGAAAACGAAUACAUGUUUUUUUGUUUAUAGUAUUGCUCGUGCGUGCUACUCUGACGCUGAAGUUUACCUAUUUGAUGAUCCGCUCGCAGCUGUUGACGCCGAAGUAGCUGGCCAUCUGUUACGCGAAGUGCUUGGCCGGCAAGGUCUCCUCGCCAAGAAAACGAGAAUUAUUGCCACCCACAACCCAAAACUCAUUCAGUAUGCCGACCGAGUUGCCAUGAUUGAGGCAGGUCGUUUAAUGGAGUAUGGAACUUACUCCAAAUUGACUCAGUCCCGCAACAGUCGCCUAAAUGUGUUUCUCAUAAGUCGGGAAACCGAGGAAGCGGAGGAAGGGUUAGGAGUAGCAACACCCAACGCACCUGUGGCACUUGUCUCCAACCUAAGCAGGAACCCUUCCAACAUGAACCACCCACCACCGCAAUGCUCAAGGAGCGUAAGCAAGUCAUCGACUGAUUGGCCUUGUUACUCGAGGUCAAGGUGCAGUUCGGCAUGCCUGCCAGCUGAUCUUGCUGAACGUAAGCUCCGCGUGCUCUACUUUCUCGUUUUGAUAAGGUUUUAAGAGCUAGUUCGAUAAGACCGAUUGUCAGAAAUUAAGCAUUCUCCGGACAACGAGUCAUCGACGUCAUUAUUUUUCCGGCUAUCCUCUUUUCUCCUAAACAGUGAUCCCCUAACAUUUAAAAUCUAAAGCUCUUGACGGGAAGGCCAUAUAUAUUCUCCACGUUCGUCAUAGGUAUUUUGUUUUUUGAAUCUAUAGGAGUAUCAGUAUGCUGGCUGUAUUUUUAAAGCAUAUGUGUUACAUUUCGAAAUCGAUGAGCAAGCUACUUUAGAGAUGCGCACUAUCUAUAGGCGAACGGAAGCGUAAUCCGACCGACAAUGUGUCAGUACAAACCUCUAUAAUUCUGCCUUCAACAACUAUCUUCAGCAGCUUUCAGCGCAUACUUGCAAAAUAUGUCAAUGAAUUCAAGUAACCUUAUUGGAAGCAAAAUCUCCUGGAAUCAAACUGACCGCUGCAUUUGUAAAACAGCUUUUUCACCUCAUCAGAAUGUUUUUAAAAAGGUUAAAAAUUGGAAAUCAACUGUUAAAAAGUAACUUUGCAAGUUAGUUUGAAAUCGAUAGUUAACCUCAGUGUUAAGUCUUUCAAAGUUGCCCAAAGUUUUUAUGUAGACACUUGACUUGAAUGCUAUAAAAUUAAGCGGAAAGGCUGGUACCAUUUUCACUCAUAAAUCCACCGAUUUGUUAUGAAUACAAAGUUUCUAUCAUACCUCUAACCCAAGCACUAAUUAAAGAGUAAGACCUGUUUCGUCGAGUUCUGUGUUUUCAUGACUUGAUAGCUGAUUAUAAACUCAUUAGUAUAUUCUCCUAUGUCUAUUUUGUGGGUUGUGCCGCAAUUCUAGUUGUCGUAUUGAUCUAUACCACUUCUUCUGAAAUUGAUAAAUGGUC